AUGGCUCCAAGGUACAUAGUUGCUCCUUUGAAAGACAAAGAUCCAAAAAACCUCACUAGUGUUACUCAGAUGUAUACAUCUACAACUACAUACAGAACAUGCAAGAGAGAUGCAUUGGCAAAAAUGCAGCUUUUGUUGAACCUUAUUCAUAAAGAGAAAUACAUGUGUUGGACUAAAAAUAGGGACAAGUCAGAUGUUGUAGCUGAUAUCUUUUGGACACAUCCUGAUUAUGUGAAGUUGCUGAAUAUGGUUCAUUUGGUAUUGAUUUUUGAUUGGACAUACAAGACAAAUAGGUACCAGAUGCCACCACUUGAUAUUGUUGGUGUUAUGCAACAAAGUUGA